UUAUUUCAUUUAGUUGAUGUUCAUUGCGUAAGCCACUUCGUACUGAACAAUCGCUUAGAGACGGAUAUAGACAGUGUAAAUCUGAUACAUAUAUGUGCGUUUAAAAAAAAACGGAAAGUUUGUGUUUGUCACUUAAUCUGGCAGGACAAGUCAAUCAACACAUCAAAACAUGGAAGGAGUUGAACAAGAUCUGAAAAAACUUAUGGAUGGACACGUUGUGCCCAUACAUCCAGAUUCUAUCACAGUAACUCACUCAAAUGGACUUUGGGAAGACGACUAUGUGCCCAUAGUGAAGAAGACUGUCAGCUAUAUAGCCAUGGGUUUGGUAUUCAACGAAGAAGGCCAGAUGCUGUUGAUACAGGAGGCAAAACAGAGGAUUAGAGGUCAAUGGUAUAUACCUGCUGGCAGAAUAGAGCCUGGAGAAAACUUUGUGGAUGGCGUGAAACGUGAGGUGAAGGAGGAGGCUGGUAUUGAUAUCGAGGUCAUCACUCUGUGUACUCUAGAAAUAUGCGUCUCGCUGUUAUGGUACCGCAUCUGCUGUAUUGCCAGACCUAAGGGUGGGAGGCUGAAGACGCUUGCUGAGCAGGAUGAGGAGUCACUACAGGCCCAGUGGUUCACACUGGACCAGAUCCGCAACAAGGAAAUGAAACUUAGGGGCACUGAUUUCUUUAAAGUCAUGGAGAUGGCCCAGAGCUACCUUGCCACGCCCCCAGAGUGCAGGCAUCCCGCCUACCAGGUGGGCAUUCAGGCCCACAGUGACCUCUUGCAGAGAGUGGUCAUAAUCAAACACACGGAGGAUGGGAAAGUGGAAAUUCUUUGCCGUGAUAAACCCCAAAGGUGUCUACCCGUUCUUAAGCUCUUAACAAAUAUUGGUUCACUGUAUAUCAGUGUAGGAGCACUUUUAAAGGAUGUGUUCAAGACGAAAAUGAUUCAUAUUCCCGCGACUGGACUCCUUACGCUAGAGCAUUGUGGGAUACCAGCUGAGGAACACGAUGGCUUGUGCUUGACAGUGGUGUAUGUCGUACCAGCACCAUUGCAUGAACAAUUGAAAACGGUCCAAAGUACAGACUAUGCCUGGCAUGUUAUAGCAAAUGAUGAGCUGGUGGAGAAAAUUAAUCUACGGAUGGUUGCACAGAAUUUACUUAUACCUAUUGUACAUUGAUGAUGUUGUGAAGAUCAUUUUUUAAAUUA